UUCAAGCAGUAGUCCCGUGUGAGUGUUUCUGUUGUUAGGCCAUCUGGGCUCAGGAACCUGCGUCCUGUACCGGACCGGACCCGACCCCACCGGUCACAAGAACAACUCGUACUCGGUUUUCCCUAUGCUUCGGGUAUCUCCGACCUGUAAGGGGAAUCCAGCGUUUGGGCGCCAGAAGCAUUUGUCGUCUAUGCGCAUACGAUACGGACAUUCAACACAGAGCUGCAAAACUUGAUGGAUUUGGACACUGCACGAAACGAACUGGGAGCAAUGGGAGAGUCGCUGCAGCCAGCCACACCUAGCCGCCACGAGAAAAGCCUCGGAUUAUUAACCACCAAGUUUGUUACUUUACUGCAAGAAGCGAAGGAUGGAGUACUAGACCUUAAAGCUGCUGCUGACACGCUGGCCGUGCGGCAGAAGCGGCGUAUCUAUGACAUCACCAACGUUCUGGAGGGUAUUGGCCUGAUAGAGAAGAAAUCAAAGAACAGCAUUCAGUGGAAAGGUGUUGGGCCAGGCUGCAACACACGAGAGAUAGCUGAUAAGCUGAUAGACCUGAAGCUGGAGUUGGAGGAUCUGGACCGCAGAGAGCAUGAGCUGGACCAGCAGCGGGUCUGGGUUCAGCAGAGCAUCAAAAACGUGACCGAUGACUCCCAAAACAGCCCUCUGGCUUAUGUAACGCAUCAAGACCUCUGCAGCUGCUUUAAAGGUGACACUCUGCUAGCAAUUCGAGCACCUUCUGGUACACAGUUGGAGGUGCCCAUACCAGAGUCUGUUGUAAAUGGACAAAAGAAGUACCAGAUUCAUCUGAAGAGUUCCUCUGGCCCUAUCGAGGUCCUCCUAGUCAACAAGGACCCCUCUAGUGCCUCUCCAGUAGUGCUACCCGUUCCUCCUCCUGAAGACAUGCUCCAGAGCCUCCCUGCUUCGGCUGUCUCCGCCAGCCAUGCUACCGCUGUCACCUCCAUCGUCUCCACUAUCAAGCCAGCAGGGGGCAGUACUCCAUGCGUAGCCCCCACCAGCCAGAGUCCUGCCAGCACAACUACUGCCACUGCUGCACCUGCUACAGAAGCAUCCAGCAACACAACCUCAAACACUCUGGCCAAUCAGACGUCUCCAGAGGACAGCCAGCAACUUCAGUCAUCUGCCUCACUGGACAGCAGUUCCUCACUUCCGGAGUCCUCAGCCCUUUUUGAACCAAUAAAAACAGAUCCUUCAGAAUUAUUGGACUUUCCUAAAGAACUUUCAGAAAUGUUUGACCCUACUAAAGAAAUCAUGAGUGCAGAUCUACUGGAAGAGCUGAUGUCAUCUGAAGUUUUCUCUCCACUCCUCCGUCUCUCUCCUCCUCCCGGCGACCAUGACUACAUCUAUAACCUGGAUGAGACUGAGGGCCUCUGUGACCUUUUUGAUGUUCCUAUUGCCAACCUUUGACCUCCAAACGCACGCUAGAGUAGCCUACUUGUAUUAAAAAAAAAAAGUUUUUUUAAUACCAACUUCAGAAGUAAAAGGUGUGGUUCUAUUUCAGAUCCAUGUGUAUAAGCUGAUCUACUUGUGUGUGUAUAUAGAGUUGUAUGGUUUUAUUUUUGUCUCCCCCCACCCCCCCCCUUUUGUUUUGUUUUUUGUUUUUGUUUUGUUUGGUAUACGCCUUACCCAAAGCAGUGAGCUACUGAAAAGUGUCACAGAACAUUUCCCUGCUUCGCUCACUCCUGAUGCCUGAAGCUUUACUGAAGUAACCUUAAUAGUGUGACAAUGUCAUUUUAACUCAAUACUGAAUAAUACUUUUAAAAAUCAUUUUAACCCAACAGUACAUGAAUCCGAGUUCUUUUCCUAAUUUGAAUUGAGUUUUGGUGCCUUUUGUCACGUGCUGAGAGAUGAAAAGAAAACCAAACACGAGCAAUGUGAAAAACGUUGAUGAAAUACCAGCUGGUUCCCUGCCUUUGUUCCCUGUCUUCAUGUACUGUGAUGACAUCCUUAAACAAUGGACAUAAGCUUUUGUUUGUAAAAGUGGGCAUAGAUUUGUGUGAAUACAGCAUGUUUACUUACAUGCAGACUAUGCCUCACUUUCUGUUGAUUAUUAUGUCAGCUUGGUGUCCAGUAUGUAGUAUAUGGAAAGCUCUAGCAAAAUGAUCCUGAUGUAUUGACCCAGCCACUUGGCUGAAUCCACUAAGCGUUGUUGUUAUAUCUUUGUACUACAGAAGCAUGAGAGUUUCAGGGAACUGUAAGGCAGUUUUAGCGUUUGGUUUAUAAUUUCCAUGCCAAAAAAAACACCCUUCAUAUUAAAUGCAACAAAUUGGUGAGCCUUGAAGCUUUUUUGUUUGUUUGUUUGUUUGUUUCAGGACUCACUAAUGCUAAGUAUUGGGCAAUAAGACUUCAUACUUUUGUUAUCCACGUGUUUGUUAUUGUUUUUGUCACUUAACUGCACAUAUACCUAAAAUGACUUAACACCGUAUGAACCUAGCGACUUGGCAGUGUAGUUCAACUUAAAUAACUUGGAACUCGCGACUUCCGGAUGUUCCCUUUGCUUAUAUGUGCCCGAGAAAUGACGCAUUAGUUGUAACUUAAGUUAUUAAUUCUGACUGACGAGCUGCAAGUUUUACGUUUUUCAUUGCUAAAUGCGCUAAACUUUUCAUUGUUACCUAUUCCUUUCAUCUAUUGUGAUUUUACAUGUAUGUAUAUGUAUUUUUGCUAAUCGUAACUAAAACGAUUUUGUAUUGUUUGUAUAUGAGUGUGUAAAGAAUAUACAUUAAUGAUGAGAAAUCCAGGCUCAUUUCCACGUGUUGAAGAUUAAGCUGUCUUCUAUGCCCCUGACCAUGUAGACACAGGUUCUGACACCUGAAAGGAAUCGAACCGUUGUUUUGAAAUGUAUUGGCUUGGAUUUUUUUUUAAUGAUAGGGCAAAUGAUAUUUUUAUGGUUGUACACAUUAAGCAUUUUACCAUUUAUUUUUAUAUUUGAUAUGUAGUCAACUGAUCUUAGUAUGCACAGAGGGUGCUUUUCUCAAAAUUGACUUUCAUCUCAACAUCGCACUUUAAGAUAUCACUUUGGAUGCGCCGACCCUGAUGGAUGGAGCGCCCAGUUCAAGUCCAGGGAAACUUCUUUCACAAUGCCAUCGAUGUCUGUCAUUUGUAAACGGCCUAUUAUUAACUUACCGGAAUUACUAUCUGCAAAAAUAAAUAACACUUUUUUAAAAUUA